AUGCGUUAUGAUCCAAGCUGGCCGUUUACACGAGGCUGGACUUUGCAGGAGCUCAUCGCACCCAAGGUUGUAGAGUUCUACUUUCGCGAAGGAGACAUAUUGGGGACCAAAGAAGAGCUGCGGUCGCAGAUAAGUGGGAUCACUGGAAUUCCUCCUCAAGCACUCGGUGGAACCCCGCUCGCGCGAUUCACUGUUGAGGAGCGGAUGGCCUGGGCAACGAAUCGACAAACGAAGCGCAAGGAAGACAAGGCGUAUUGCCUUCUGGGCAUCUUCGACGUCAGUAUGCCCCUAAUCUACGGGGAACGUGACAAAGCUCUUGCACGAUUGAGAGAAGAGAUACAGAAGUCGUCGGCCAUACAGAACCGUGUCUCGCACAUCUCGACGGGGGACACACAGUCAUACAGACCUAGUCAGAAUCAGAGCACUGCUGAGGAUAGAGCCAUUACAUACCGUCGGGCGCAGACAAACUUGCCGACAGCGACUGGGGAAAUGAGCCAUACUUCCCGCAUUGCGAGAAGUGGCCUCCACUCAAAGAUGGCUGCUGCUGGACUGAGUGCAGGGAGCAUACUCGGUAUCGCUGGCGAUUUUAUGCGCGAGCGGCAACGGCAUCCAGGUGCUCCCCAAAAUCAACCUGUCUCGUACGAGCCUCGAUCAGACCAUCACAUCAGCGCUUCUGGGAAUUCCCGUGUGGAAGGAUACCAUCGAUACUACACUGAUCCCCGCACUGGAAAAUCUACUGAGGUAGACCAGGGAAAGGACGCUGAGUAUUCUAAAGAGCAAGGUCGAGAAUCAGCUAUGGAUGACUUGAGGAACUACGAUUUGGAUGAACAGGCCCCUCAGAAAAAAUACUAUACCCGUAGCGCACGCGACUUCCCGAACGUUGAUUCAUUUGUGAACGAGAUAGAGCCGGUGCAGGCCAAGUACUACAAUGACUACUUCGUGCCUGGCACAGGAAUCGACCGCGAGGUUAUACAACACAUGAUUUGUCGUUAUUUCGGGAACGACGCCACCGUGCGUCCUUACCAGAACAAAGAUGGCCGUACUGGUUUCCUGGUUCGGUUCUACACGGCCCUCACAAGCGCAAUUAUCGACGAUUUGAAGAAGGAUAGCGCCAAAUGGCGCAAAGAUCGAGAUCAGGACCAGAGGCAAGGGCGCAGCACAGGAUCCUAUGCGGAGUAUGCUGCGGAAGGCAGUAUAGAUCGCGGUGCCUGUCAUGGAGAUCGGCUCUUGAGUGCUGGCAGCGCUUGGGACUACAUCCAACGCAGCGAACAAUUUCGCCUCAGCUUGAUUGACGUCGGAGACGUCUCGGAACGAUUGAAGCAUAUGACUCGUGAUGACGGCCAUGGGCCUGUGUUCCGCGAGAGCGACGUGAGACAGGCGAUUCAGGAGAGCGCUUCUGCAGGACCUCGCAAUGACAUGAUAUAA